AUGAAUGCAGAACAGGAAGCUGAACUUGCUGCUCUCCGAGAAGAAAAUUCUCGACUUCUGCAGAAUCAACAACAAAACGCAAGACCUCCAACACAACCAACAAUCAACCGUGUGGCAGUGAAACUUCCACCGUUUUGGGCCGAACGGCGCAGCUUAUGGUUUUCUCAAGCUGAGUCCCAAUUUAUUAUCUCGGACAUAACAAAUGAAACCACUAAAUUUCAUUAUGUUGUUUCACAGCUGGAUACUCGUGUGGCUUCCGAAAAGCUCAUUGAACGCUUAUCAGCAUCAGAAGAGCAACGUGUCCGACAACUCAUCAGUGAUGAAGAACUUGGUGAUCGAAAACCUUCACAAUUUCUUCGUCACCUUCGUUCUCUUGCUGGUCCAUCAGUUCUGCAAGACAAUUUGUUGCGACAACUUUGGUUGCGACGUUUACCAUCGAACGUUCAAGCAAUCCUUACAUCGAGAUCAGAUCUUUCUCCUGAUCAGCUUUCUGAGCUUGCUGAUAAAAUCGUUGAAGUUUCUCCACCACCAAUUCCUUUUGCUGUUCAUGCGACAUCAAAUAAUGAACAGAACCAAAAUUCACAAGCCCUUUUCGAAGCCAUUGACACUCUCACAAGACAAGUUGCCGAGCUAUCUUCGAAUAGAACUUUUCGAAAUCGCUCCAAGGCCCGAGGAAGACAAAAUUCAAGAAGCAGUUCUAAGUCUGCGAAGAGAGAAGGAUAUUGUUGGUAUCACUCCAGAUACCAGCACAAUGCACGUAAGUGUAAUAAAACUUGCAGUUUUCAGGGAAACUUAAACAGCAGUCUAUAA